CACACACACACACACGCUGAACAUACAAACACACUCGCUUUGGAUUGUAAACUAGCAGACACUGUAGAAACGGCUGCAGCAGCGGGGUGGAACUGUAUGGAGAAAGCCGGGAAGUUAUACUUUUUAAAGACUGUUCACCGCGGUGCGUAAAAUGAAAGUGUUGCGCAAACGUCCGCAUGUUCCUUUUUGGAUAACGUGCUAGAUGAUAUCCAGAAUUUGAAGAAGAAGAAAAAAGAGCUAAAAACCUGAAAAGUUGUUCGGAAGAGACGCUCGGUACAAGGUCCACCUCUGCCACGGAUGCUGCUGAAUGUCGUCCCGGGUCUGCGCUCCAGGUUGCCUCUGCCUCUUUGAUCUGAUUUGAGCCAUGGCUUACUCUCAGCUGGGAUACUCCUACUCCAGCCCACCGCAGUUUCUGAUGACCUCUAGCUCUCUGGCUGGUUGUCUGGAACCGGGGACGCCUCCCUCUCACCCGGCACUGCGCUCCCCCGGGCACCAGCUCACCCCGAGCCCCGGCAUCGGAGUCUACAGCGGCCCAUAUCCGAAGAGCCAAGGUUACUACAACACGUGCACCGGCGAUGCCACCGCUCUCUACUCCAGAGGGUCUCUAGAUCCCAAAGACGGAGCUGCAUCUGUGGGGACAUCUCAGACUCCUGCCUAUUAUCCUUAUGAAUACGCAUUUGGACAGUAUUCCUAUGACAGAUACGGGUAUUCUUGCUCUGACGGUGCUUCUCGUCGUAAAAACGCCACCCGAGAAACCACCAGCACCCUGAAAGCUUGGCUGCAGGAGCACCAGAAGAACCCCUACCCCACGAAGGGAGAGAAGAUAAUGCUGGCCAUCAUCACUAGGAUGACACUCACACAGGUGUCCACAUGGUUUGCCAAUGCACGCAGGAGGCUGAAGAAGGAGAACAAGGUGACGUGGUCACCGCGCGCCUGCAAAGGCUCCGAUGAUCGAGGCUGCGAUGAUGACAGUGAUGAUGCUGAGAAGCCACUUAAAAGUGACAGAGACCAUCCUGAUCAGCGUGCCGACCUGCAGAGCGAUCUUGAGGACUUCGACCUGCUGGAGUCCGACGCUUCUGACUGUGAACCAAAGCCACAGUUCCAACCCGAGGACAGUGAAGCGAACCCAAACACAGACCUCCUACAUGGGCACCUCACACACAACCCAGACCCACUGCACAGAAAAGAGAGAUUGUCCCCACCUUGCCCCAGACUCGCAACAGCCCAACACCAAAACACCUCCUUCUAUCCACACCCGGACCUUCGGGGCAAAGACACCAAGCCGAAAAUAUGGUCCAUCGCUCACACCGCCGCGUCUCUGGAUGCCAGCUUGCAGCCAGAAUACCCCCCCUGCAUGCUGUCGUCCACCGGGUCCUCCUCUCCCGUGUAUCCAUCAAGCAUGGAGCUGACUAAGGAAGACAGGCAACAGGAAUCACCAGUCGCCACGCUCAGAGAAUGGGUGGACGGAGUGUUCCAUGGUCCCCCUUUCCAACAGCCCAAACCCGAGGUGUGGAAAGGCCUGAACGCCGCCGCGAUAGACAAUAGCAGAAUACCUGGACAAUCCUUUGAACUUGUCAGGGCUACGUCGUCUUUGUAGUCCGACCAACACAUCAGCGACGGGACAUUUCAUUUCAUUUUUUUUAACACCAAAAUGUUUCUUAGCUUUGCAAGUAUAGGCUAAUGCUUUAGUACUUUUGGGAGUAAGCUUGGCCAUUUAAUGACCGCAGCUCAUGUUUAAAACAAUUCUCACACAUUUGUAGUUUUUGAUCGUGGAGAAGUUUAUAAAAUGACAACACCCUCCCAAUUUGUCAAAUGUCCAGAAGUGUUCGGAAAAAGGCCACAUGCACAUCAGCCUACUCCAAAAAUGUGAGGGAAUCCAAAGCUUGAAAGAGCUGCUUUGUCAACUUAUGGUUGCCAAGCUACUAUUGGAAAAUGGAUGUUUGAGUAUGGGGAUUAGCGGAUGGUCAAUUCACAAAUUAUGAUCCUUUUUUGACAUUUGGUCGGCCCCUCGUUCUCUUACAACUCAGACUCUUAUUGGCCCCAUCAUUUGACAAAUGUGAGCAAACAACUGUCACCACACACACACACACACGCACGCACGCACACACAUUUCCCUGCAGCAAGGUUGUACGAUUCACACACAUGCAAAAAUAUACUAAUAUUGUACACUUUCACUAUAGCCUGCACAAGCACUGAAUGACAAAAAAUAAAAAGGUGUAUUCCGUAGCAUGGCAAAGUUUUCCUGAGUGUGCCCUUACAUCAGCUGUCUACUAUGCUGGGAACCGCCAAUGUUAUCAGCUUAGAUGAUGUAAAUCCUGUCGAGAAAUAGUGGAAUAUACCUUUGCAGCUUUGGAUCUGUGUGUGCUUGUGUGUGUGUGUGUGUGUGUGUGUGUGUGUGUGUGUCUGUGUGUGUGUGUGUGUGUGUGUGUGUGUGUGUGUGUGUGUGUGUGUGUGUGUGUGUGUGUGCACGUGCGUGCGCAUAUGUGUGAGUUUUGAGGAAGCGAAAGGGGGGAAGUGGCUGGUAUUCAGCCGUGACUAAUGGAAACACACAGAGGAGGGUACUGCUAAAUUGUUAAAUCGAUGCCACUUCCACCUCGGCUCCAGAUAUAGCUGCAAUCAGCGAUGCGUCCCUUUUCAUUAGGCGGCUUUUGACUUUGUCAACCUGGGACUGCGAGAAAAUCCACUGUGUGCAAAAUACUUCAUAAAACCUCUUACGUAAAUUUAGGUAAGUGUUACAUCUUUAUCCACUUAGGUAUUUUCAUUUUUAGAAAAGCAAUAUGAAACAUCAUACAAAAUAAACAGAAAGAUAAGGCCGGCAUCAGUGAGGCUGAAUAUUUCAUUAAAACACAUAUAAAGUCGCGUCAAUUAUUUAAGAAAACUUCUCAAAUUCGGCGCACAAAAACAUUUAAAACCAACACUUUCCAAAAACGAAGCAAAACAAGAAACAGUGAGAAGUUAUUUUUUUUAUUUUCCACAUCAAUCUUUCUGUUCCUGCUGCUUUUUCCGAUUUAGGAACAGUGAUAAAGUAUUUAUCAGAACAGAGGAGGGAUCUGCCCGGGCUUUGUAUGGAAUUAACCAUUUCGGAUUAAAUAAUUCAGGAUGAAUUCAACCGAGAAUUUCAUUCUGUUUCUGCCUCAUAAAUAAGUAAGGUGUAAGAUGAUAAAUAAUGACAUCUGACUUCUUAUUUCUGUAAAGUUUUCUUUCUCUUCGAGGUAGGCUGCAUAUAUAUAUAUACAGUAUAUGUGUGUGUGUUUUUUUUUUUUAAGUGUUGCUAAAUUUUGUGUCAGAUUAAUGUCUAUCUAAACUCAAUGCACAAGGACGGAUAGGACUCUGUUUCCUUUUUGAAAAAUCUUUAGGUGGUGAAAAGGUUGUGGUGUUGUGAAGGAUAUAGAACGGCAGUAAGAUAAGAGGUUGAGAGGGCUGUUCUCGCCUUUAGCUGUUGGAGACAUGACUUGUCUCUGAGGAAAACUUACAUAUAUACAUUGAAACCUAGUGCUCCA